AUGCUGAAGAUAGAAGGGAGGACAGAAAGCUCCCCUUCUAAUGAUAAAGAAAAAAAGUAUAUCACAGUUGAUGAUUUAUAUCGCCAAUCAAGUCAGUUUGAGAUAUGGUCGUUUAUUCCAGAAACAUUAGAGCAGACAAGAAGACAAGCUAAUCAAAAGGGUACAAGAGCUGCUACAGCGAAAUUAGAAGAUACACUAGCAGCAUUUGAAAGUGAAAAUACGGACAUCUAUAGAACAUUAAAAGAUGAACUUACGCCUGAGAAGUUAUUAUCCGUAGUGAGUUACGAUGAAGAGGUCAGAUACUUGAGUUUUUAUAGCAAAAACAUCAUUCCGACCGCCAAUUUCUUCAAAAUGCCAACACAAGUGAAAGCAUCGGCAGUAUCAUUCUUUAAAAAAUUUUACCUUGUAAAUUCUGUGAUGGAAUAUCAUCCCAAGAAUAUAAUGUACACUUGCGUCUUUCUAGCUGCCAAAUCGGAGAAUUAUUUCAUUUCGAUAGAUUCGUUCUGUAAAGCGUUGAAGAACACAUCAGCAAAAGAGAUUUUAGAUCUUGAAUUCAUAAUUUUACAAAGUCUAAAGUUCACUUUGUUAGUACACCAUCCUUUUCGACCAUUAUAUGGAUUCUUUCUUGAUUUUCAGGCGAUUUUAUUACAUCCAUUACCAGUGAUGUAUGAUGUUUCAGUGGAUAGUAUUGGUGAAUUGUAUGACAAGUCAAAGCUGUGGCUAAAUGAUUAUGCCUUGUUGAGCGACGUUGCAUUCUUGUUCACUCCACCACAGAUUGCGCUCGCAGCAAUGUAUAAUGUAGAUAGAAAAAUUACGGAAAGCUAUUUGAAGCACAAGUUUCUCAAGACUCUGCAAGCAUCAAAUGAUGAUUUGAAGAAUUCUGGGACGACUGAAGUAGAUACAGAGAAUACCCAAACAACAAAUGAAAAUAAAAGUGAAAGUGAACAGCAAAGAAGGGACCAUUACGAGCAUUUGGUGAGAACGAUACGGAAAUGCAUCAAAUUAGCAAAGCAAAUACCCGACACAACUCGCGAGGAAAGCAGAGAGAUCGAUAGGAAGUGUUUUUACGCUCUUAAACCAAAAAUGCUCAUUGAAAAAAAAAUUAGGAAACUCUCUUCGGCAACUACAUGA